AUGGAUCCAAUCUUGCGACGACGAGCUGGAAAGGGUCAAGGAAGUGAAGAAUCAAUUGCAGAGCCUGGACAGCAGCAGUUAGUAGUAAGUAUCGAAGGCGCUGAAGUUGUUAGAGAUGUGUCGAGAGAGGUGGAACUUGAAGCAGGGCCAUUGCAGAUUGGCGAUGGAGCGGAGGGAGCUGCCGAGGGACACGUGACAGAAUCAGUAUCGGAGAUUACUGCUGGUGCUGCGGAAACUCUGGGUGUGCAGAUGAAUCCAUUCUGGUCUCAGAAGAUUCAAGAUGAGGCUAGACUAGCUGCGGCCAGACCUGCGCAUUUGGAUGAGACUGCUAGUGAUUCUACGGAGAUGAGACAGUUGGAGGAGACGGCUCUGCCGGUUCCGAAGAGUAGCCCAGUUAGCUUUGGACCUUCACAUGUGGGUUCUGGGAUACAGGGUGCUACUUCGGCUUCUUCGGCUUCAGUUGAGAACCAACAGGCUCCAGGACUUCGACCUGGGGAAAGGAGAAUUCUGACUGAAAUGAAAGAUCUCAUGGAAACCAUCAUGAAGCAGAAUGCCGAACUGAGUGAACAGAAUACUGGCUUGAGACAGCGCAUUGACAAGCUCGAGGAGGAGAAGGCAAGCAGCCAACAGGCAUGGAGAUCGGGGUUUGGUGUUACCUCGGACCGAGAUGCCGCUGUGGCCCUGGGAGGGAUUCAAUGGGGUGAUGAGGUGCGACAUGGUGAAGGUGAUGAUUUAGGGAGAGACCCUUGGGAGGGACAGGAUGUGCUGAACCUUCCGUUCCCACCUGGCCGAGACCCAUUUAAUCCUGGUGAUCGGACGUUCUGGAAUCUUCCGACGUUGGAAGGGGUACAUCUGCCCUCUCCGGCUACGCGAGCUGGGGAUUGGCUGGCUCAGAUACGUCCGUUGCUUUGUGAUUUGAGCGAGUGGUCCCAGUUGUGGUGGUCUCGUGUUGAGUGGGAGGCUCAGGCCCUGUAUAGGCAGUGGUCCAGGGCUCCUGCUAUUCAGAAGGGCAUGAUUCAGCCGAGGUUGAGUGUUGAGCUCACACACGUGAAACUUCGGAGAUUGGAGAGCAGGGCAUAUGGAAUGCUUCAGUCGGCUGUGCCUCAGGCGAUUCGGGAUGAGUUGCUGGCAACGCGGUCGUUGCACUGCGUGGGGCUGUUGUUUCAGAUCUUGAAGGUGUAUGCUCCAGGGGGUCUGCAAGAGAGGGCUCAGGUACUCACUGAACUCACGAACCUUGGGCAUGCCAAGUCAGCAUCAGAUGUCGUGAAUGCUUUGAGGGCUUGGAGUAGAUGCCAUGCGAGAGCGGUGAGUAUGGGAGUGAUGGUGCCUGAUCCGGCUCUGAUCUUAAGAGGGGUGGACUCUCUGGUGGAUUCAUUGUCGCGCAAGGCAGCAAAUGCUCAGGUGGCUUUCAGACUGUCGGUAGCCCGUAACCAACUUCAGAUUGAUCAUCAUCCCAGCAUGGUGUCAGUGAUUGAGUACAUGCGUGUGCUGCAGUCAGAGUGGGAACAAGUUUCUGUGUCAGGCCAGGAAGCUACUUCGGGGCCGCCUAAGGUUGCCCGCAUGGACACUGAUCAGGGUAACGGGGGCAAGGAUGGUGCUGCACACACUGGGGACAAGGGAGACAAAGGGGGAAAAGGAGCAAAAGGAGAAGGCAAGAAGGGGGAAAAAGGGGAGACAGCUCCCAAGGAGCUUGAGACUUUUCAGAGCGAUCGUAUGCAGCAAGCAUUGGCCCUGCGAGCCUUGAACUUAGGCGCGAGAUCAGAUUCGGUGGACUUUGCUGACUGUGCUUGGGGUAGCGAGAAGGAGGUUUUGGAGUGGCUGAGGGGUCAGUUCAGGGACUGGCCUGAGCAUCUGCUGAGAAGGGCACUUCCUGCGAGGUGUGACAGUGCUCCUGAGGGCUCUCAUGCGUUUAUGUCCAUGAACAGGCGACAUCGACGUGCUGUGGAAAGGGCUGAUACUGUGGUUCUUCACCUGUUCUCUGGGAGUGAAAAGGGGCUUCAGGUUGAGGGGCUGGGAAGUAAGACGGUGAUUCUGAGAGUUGAUGAGAGAGUCAAGCGAGACAUCCUUGAUGAGAAGACCUACAGCUGGCUGGCCUCCUUGUGCUCGUCUGGUAAGGUGAGUGCUGUGGUGGCUUGUCCGCCCAGUAACACAUUCAAGCCAGUCUGGAGUGACGUUGAGAAGGAUUUCAAGCGUCUUCGUGGGCCAACGCGUGACCAGCGCUUCGGUCUAUUGGGGAAUUCACAAGCAGAGCAAGAAUGGGCUGAUGACCAAACGGUCAUGCUUCUGCGAACCCUUACUCUUCAUCACUUGGCUCAUGAGGCACGCGCCGAGGGUUGUAUGGUAGCCAUUCAGCAUCCUGAGGGUACUGGACGGGUUGUUUCAGGUCCGGGUGAGCCAGAGCAGGUGAGUUGUGGUUGGUGGCAUUGGCCGGAGCUUGACGCUGAACACCUGGGGUGGUAUCGUGCUUCUUAUGAGGUAUGUAGUGAUCACCAUAGAGGUAGACGAGCUGCCAAGGCCAUCCUCACCAACAGCUGGGUGCUGUACACAACGUUGCAUGCUAGGACCGAAUGGCGUGAGAUACAGGGUGAUCCGAGCGCGCAGUGGCAACCCUCUGUGCUUCAUGCGGUAGGUCAUGCGAUUCAGGUGUGGAAAAAAGAGACAGUCAGAGACAGAGACGAGAGAUUGAGUGAGGACCAGGCUGCUCUUAAGGCACUUACCAAGGAGGAAAUCGAGUUUCGCGAACAUUGUGAGAAAGAUCACAUUAUCUUCAGAAAAGACUGUAAGGUCUGCUUGCAGGCAGCCAUGCGAGGGCCCAGACAUAUACGACAGAAGUACCAACACUCCAACGCUUUGUGCCUCAACCUCGAUUUGAUUGGUCCAUGGAUUCCUGGGCGGGAUCAUGCCCUGAGUGCUCCUGCGAGGCACAUCCUCGUAGCAACUUUGGGAGUCCCGGUGUUCAGGGAUGGCAAUCCAUUGCCACUCCAACCUGAGGAUAAAAAAGAAGAAAAAGAGGGGUUGAGAGAAGGAGAGGGAAGUGAAGACAGAGAGGAGGAUGAUGCUUCGAAGGAGGCCGGGGGUAUAGGAGAAUGGGUUAUUGAGGACGAGAGUGAGAAGGAAUGUGAGGGAGAAGAAGAACCACUUAGUGAAGAAGAGUACAAGAGAUUGUGUGAAGAACAAGAUGAGAAGUGGCGAACCAUCGCUCAAGACCUCAAGGAUCCUGUUGAGCUUCAUGAGCUCACCUUUGCUGAACCUCUGGUCUCGAAGAAGGUCACGGUGCAAAGCAGAGCAUGGAGUCGCAAGACUCCUUACGCUCCCAGGGCUGUGUCGGGAAUCACACUGUGUCCCGCGGCAAACAUCUCCGGUUGUACUGUGGUGCUUAUACCUGGUAAUGACGAAGAAGAUGCGAAAUUUCAUGUGGCACCGGUUAUGUACCGCAAUGUCAAAGAUCAAGUUGCCUUUGAGGCUGAGGAGAUUCUCGAUGAGCCAGCUCCGGCACCUGCGCGCCGAAUCACAGGGAAGCGACAGCCACUUGUUGCCCACGUCAGCGUUGGGGGGGAGUCGGGGUUGGAAAAAGGUAGUUUUGAUGUUGGAUUUGAGGUUGGUCAUGGCAAGAAAGAAGCGAAUUUGCUUAAUGCACCACUCAACAGCGCAGAUUUUCAUGAUCCUGGGGUAGCGGUUCCUGUUAUUGCACCGCCAAGCAGCGCCACUGAUGCUCAUGAUGCGCGUCUGCGGCCUGCCGGAAACGCGGAUGAUGCUGAUGAUGCUCGUUUCCGGGUUUUCCCGGUUUGGGGUGGUCCAAACCGGGAGAAGGCUGAUGAUGCUCGGGAUGCUCAUUCUUCCAACUCUGAAAGCCUGGGUGAGAGCUACACUUUGGAUCAAAGUGAGGCAGUAGCUGCUGAGCUGUUGAGCCGGGGCAACAUGAUUGCACGUGAAGAUGUUGAGAGUCUGCUGUCGAAGUCUCUCUUUGAGUGGAAGCCGAAGACUCGCCAGUGCGAUCUACAAGCCACAGAGGCUAAGGGGUGGACGCUUGGAAGCUACGCAUAUGGAACCCAAGUAGGAGUCAACCUAAAGCUGCUUAGAGAUUGCGAGUUUCCGCUGCCACCGCAUGCGGGAAGGAAUUCUUAUGCGGCUGAGGACAGUCCAGUUGCCGAGAGCGGGUCACGUGCCGAGAACAGUCCAGUUGCCGAGAAGCGUCCAUGUGCUGAGGAUAGUCAGGGUGGAACAUCAAUGUUCGUCGAGAGAUGUCUUGAUGAGGCGGAGCUAGAUCAGUUGCUUCAUGAACAUGUUGUUCUUCGGAAGUUUCUGUUGGAACAACACAAACACAUGCAGGAGGAAGUCACUGUAGCUGCGAGUCAGGGUUGGGAGGCUUUGACCAGGCCACUGAAUGACAUUCAUCAAUGGAUAGAGGAUGCUGAGCAUUGGCUGUUGUGGCAAGAUGCGGAACAGCUACGGAAAUCAGGCAAUGUGAGCUCGGAUGAAAAGGUAGUCCUGGAAGCUAGGCUUAAGAGCUUAGGAGUCCCCUCGUCCCCACCGUACCCCGUAGAGUCUGAUGAGCAACCCUGGUUUGGUCUGUAUGAUGAAGAGGACCCGAGUCAAGGGUCCGGGGGAGUCGGGAAUGAAAAAACUCGGAACUAUCCUCAUGGGGAACCUGUGCAUCCGAGUGCUUGGGAAGCUGAACCUGCGCAACCACUUCAAACCAUCACAGUGUCGCAUCAGGAGGUCUUGAGAAACCUUGAGGAUUGGAAGGGCUCCAUUGGUGAUGAGUUAGGGAAUGUGUUUGAUGUUCAUCAAGCAAUGCGUCGGCGAAGUGAGUCAGAGCUUCAGGCAUUUAAAGAUGCUGGGGAAAUUCUAGAGAUUAUACCGUCGAAGGCGUUGUUUCAGAAGAAGGGAGGAAGUGGACGUCACAAAUGCCGUGUAGUUGCUUGUGGCAAUUAUGCUGAGGGUUCCAAGACAAAGAGUCGCGAUCGGAAGCUCCAGUGUUACGCAGGUGGAGCUGAUUCGCUGAGCUUGAGGUGUCACUUACGUGCAGCAGGGCAUCGAGCUCACACCGAGGCAUGGCGCACUUCAGGUGCCGACAUCAGAACAGCAUUUUUGCUGGCGCCACUGCGUCAGCAAAACAAGCGAAUCAUCCUGCGCCCUCCUACUGUUCUCAAGCAGGCAGGAUGUGUUGCUGAAGGAGAGUACUGGGAAAUCACUGGUGCAUUGUACGGUUUGCAGGAUAGCCCUGCGGACUGGGCGGUGUACCGAGAUGAGACACUUCCGACCAUUCCCAUUGUGUACAACGGACAGACCACCUACUUGAAGCAGUCCAAGUAUGACCCGAAUCUUUGGUUGUUACGUUGCCCUGAAUCUUCUAAGCUUAUAGCCGCCCUUACGAUCUACGUCGACGAUUUGCUACUGUCUGGAACGGCAGAAGCAUCGGAGGCUGUUUGGUCCGGCAUAAAGGCGAAGUGGAGGAUCAGCGAGCCAGACUAUGCAGAUCAGGGGCAUGCCAUCACAUUUUGUGGGUUUGAGAUCGAGCAGAAAUCCGAUGGGAUCCACAUUGGCCAAUCGAAGUACAUUCAGACGUUGUUGGAUAAGUAUCCUGAGGUCCAAGGCACUGUGAGUUGCCCGUAUGCCAAGGAGAAUGACAACAGCGAUUGCAAACCUCAGGACUCGGUUGAGAAGCUUCGCAAUGCGCAAUCCAUUGUAGGCGAACUGCUAUGGGUCGCAACGCGCACCAGGCCUGAUCUUGUCUUUGGGGUCAGCAGGAUUGGCCAAUUGGUCACUCGUGAUGUCGAUCAGGCAAUCCAACGGGGUGAAGAUAUGAUUCGAUAUUUGAGGGCAACAAAAGAUCAAGAACUGGUUUAUGGGCUACCUGGAAAGGGGCAUGGACCUGGAAACCAGUUGCCGGUUGAGAGGGAUUUCAACUUGAUUGAGGUCUUUGCUGAUGCUAGCUUUUGUCCUGGCACCGAUCGUAGUCAGACUGGAAUCAUUCUGAUGUGGGGCAACGCUCCAGUGGGAUGGAUGUCAAUGAGACAACCUUGUGCUAGUCUCAGCACGGCGGAAGCAGAACUGCAAUCGUCCUUAGAUGGGAUGACUCUUGCGGAAGGACUGCAUGGACUGCUUGCAGAAUUGGCGGAGGCUCCUCAGCAAACCUUCUUGUAUACUGAUAAUGUUGGCGCAUGUACGGUAUUGACUCUACCACAGGGUGCAUGGAGGACCAGACAUUUACGGUUGAAAGCAGCAUGGUUUCUAGAACAGUUGGAAUACUCAAAAUUCCGGGUAUAUCAUGCGCCGGGCCAAUUCAUGUUGGGUGACCUUUGUACGAAAGCUCUUGUGGGGCCACGCGUCAAGGAACUACUCAAGAUGAUGAACGUGAGUGUCGUGCCAUCAAGUGUUGAUGGGGGGGAGUCGCACGCAGUGAAGAAGGCCACGAAAGCCGAAAGUGGUGUUGGCUCCGGAAACGUGAUUUCCGGGGGAGCUGAAAAAGCAUUGAAGGCUGUUACGGCUGCGUCACUGUUGCAUGGUGCAUUGUCGAAGCUUGUUAAGGUUCAGAUUGAACUGGAGCCAGAGGAACGUGUUCAGCUCGAGGACAACAUCAGCGUGUUGAAGCUUGCAUGUGGUGCACUCCUGUUGGUUGGCUUGACUGUGUUGGCAACUUGGAAGUGCAUGCAACAUAUCCCAAGGAUCCGAGCGGUGAGGGAGUCCAGUGACACGUCAAGUGAAUGGUCACAUGUUCAGUCUGAGCCUGAGGGCCCAGACAAGGACGAGGAUGACGACGAGGACGAGACUGGAUUGGUUGUGUCUGAUAUUGUUGGGAGUGGUUCCAGGUACUUGACCAGCCCGGAACACCCCUUCUUUCUGCGGCAUGCGCAUCUGUCUAUGAAGAAAUGGCACUGGCAGCUGCUACAUGAAAGCUGCCAUGCCACCGCCUGGGGCCUGGUGGUACUCCGGAAUUUCGCGCUGAAAUACACGGCGAAUGUACACCUCGGCGACGGCAUCGCCACCACGACCUGCUUUUUGCUUCGCGCAUUCACAACACAUCACAUCAGGGCUAUGUUCCAGCUGGCGCGCCUCAUGGAACUCGAAACACAAGGUGGCGCAGCAAUCCGGCUCUAUUCGGCUACCGAAUGA